CUUCUUGCGAACACGUACUUAUUUUGACCGUGCACCAAGUCACUACAGUGCUGCACGGCAUGCCUUUCUGGAUUAAAUGCUAAAUGAUUGAAAUACCGCUUUUAACACAAAAAGAGUGUUUAAGGUAAGGAUGGAGUUUCCUAUUCCGACACCUGAUGUUCGUCUAGAAGUGUCCCAGUGUUUCAGGAGCCUCGCUUUGUCAUCCCCACAACAAGAUGCCAUCAAUGCCCUUAAAACAAUCCACUCUUACUUGGAUGAAGGAUCACAGAGUUCAACCACUUCACUACAGAGAGCAGAGUUCAGGAGGUCUCACUUCACUCGCACUCUUCGAGUCUUAGUACACAACAUUCAAGCUGACUGGUUGCACCGCCUCACUGCGGCACAGCGCUCAGAAUUAUGGGAUGGCCUCUUCCUCCGUGGUCCUCCUGAACAGGCUCUCCUGGUGCUGAUGGACGGAAUUGGCGAGCUAAGGAUUGGUUCAAAUCUGGACCACUUGAUCAGCAUCAUGGAGAAGUUCCUUCAGAGGGGUCGUUUGUCUGACCUUUUGUGGUCCUACUGCCUGGAAGGGCCCUCUGACUCCCCGCAGUUCAGAGAGGCUCUCUUAGCACAAAUAGUGGCACUGCCGGACCUCAUUGCCAAUAAACUGCAUCACAACAACAAACCCGCCUUCCUUCCUCAGCAGUACUAUCCUCAUCUGGCUGCAGAGAUGCUCACUGCCUUGGAGCGCACAUGCAAGGCACUCAAAGAUGGCACAAGCUGUUCCUUGGUAUUUGUGGCUCAGACACUUGGAAAACUGUGUGCCCAAGGACAUAGUGGUUUGGUGCUAGCAACGAUGUCCCCUCGAAUGUCUGCACUCACACGCACAGACAUGGUGUGGCAGAGGGUUUGCCGGAAGCUUCUGGACAAUGUUCCACAGCGAUGGAUGGAGAGCAUGCUCACCGGCCUGGUGCAGGCUGUCCGUGGGCCUGAUGCUUUGGGUAGAAUCAUGGGGAAUCUCGUGUUAACCAAUAAAACGGCCCAGUUUGUCAUCACACAUAAACUGCUCUUGCUACAAUACAAAUAUGAGACUCGCAUGUUGAAAGUAAUACUCGGUUACCUCGCUGCAGACAAGGACAGAAGACCCCUGUUAAUCCAAGUGUUGCGGUCUAUAUCCCAAGCGUGGGCCAAUCCCAGUGCGGUGAAACACACUCCUUUGGAGCAGCAGCUGUACGUCAGCAAGGCGCUGCUGCUAUGCGUCAGUCUGCUGGACGACGCAGAGCUGCAAGAGUUACGCUCGGAGCUGCUGCAGUGCAUGCUCGGAGGCAUGCAGAGUCACCUGGACAGCAACUUGGUGCGCGUCAGGCACAUGGGCAUGGCGGUGGGGGAGUGUCUGAGCUCCCGCAUGAAUAUUAGUGGAACCAAGCUGACAUUUGAGUAUGAACAAGAUGAAGAAACUCAAGAGAUUCGUUCUCUUAUGACUCCAAUUGCUAUGGACGAACCUGACCUUGAAUCUGAAGAUGGGAUCAUCCCUCCUCAAGAGAUCACAGCAAAUCCAUCCACAUGCAGUCAACCAUCACAAAAUGAAUCAGAAACGCAACCAUUGAAAAAAGAUGCAGAUUCUGACCUGGAUAGCGAUGAUGAGCUCACCCCUUAUGACAUGUCAGCAGAUCAGGAAAUGAAUAAAGCCUCGCCACCCCGCUACCUACGAGACUGUCUGGAAAACUUGAUAUGCUCUGAGGAGUCGGAGCGCGUGGAGCUCAGCUUGAGCGUUGCUGAGGGACUGGUGAGAAAGAACACCUUUGCCACCAAAGAGAUCAGUGUCCAGCUAACCAAAGUCCUCCUUCACAUGGAGGAUAAAUACAGCAUAAAUGGCUUCCUGGCUCUCAGACAGGCAAUCAUGGUGGCGCUCGUAGUCACUGACUGCAUCCCGGUGACGGAGUACCUCACCACAGAGUUUUACUCCUUAAACUACAGCCUUCGACAGCGGCUUGACAUUUUAGAGGUUCUUGCUGCGGCAGCUCAGGAGCUCUCUAAGCCAACCCCAGGCAACACAGAUCCAACUGUAGCCCCGGAUUUGACUCCAUAUUCAUCUAACAACACUGCCCACUGGCAGCAGGUUGUUGAGAAGCGCAUUCAAGCAAAGACCAAGCGUAUCAGUAAGGGAGUCACACAGCCUCCACCACAGGCCGCAGCCAACCGUUAUUCACCAGUGGCUGGAUAUUUCUUUUUUCCUCUCCUCAGGAAUUAUGACAAGCCUCAGGUUACCUUUGACCUGUUGGGCAGUGACCACCUGGUAUUGGGCAGGCUGAUCCACACCUUGGGGCUCUUUAUGUAUCUGGCAGUGAAUGCACCAAUAGCUGCACAAAUGGGUAAUGCCCUGCUUGAUUUUGUGUGGGCGUUACGCUACCAUGCUGACCAGAUGGUAAGACGAGGCAUCCUCUUUGCUGUCUGCUCCAUAUUCUUGGCCAUGCCUUGUCAAAGUCUUCUGGUGGACCUUGCCGACCAGCUCUUUGAAACCAGAUCUUGGUUGUCAGAUGUGGCAGAGGGGGAUCUGGAUGCCGAUUGCAGGAGUUUGGCAAUGCAGUGUCUGGUACUGAUGGAUAAGAACUUGAAGAAGGAGCUCCAAAACCCACAAGGCCUCAGCAUUGAAUCUUGAUCAAAGUGAAACUAAGCACCCUGUCCUCACAAAAACUGCAUCAUACCCAAGUGAUGGUGACGAGUGGAUAGAGGAUAUCCUUUAUAUAGUACAGGUUGAUCCUUUUUGUCUGGGUCUUUCCUGUACAAGCAGAACUCACUAUUAUUGUUGUUUGUUUGCAAAGGACAUCCUGUGAAUAUACAUGUACGUACAUUCAUCGGAAAAAAUGAAUUCUUCUUCCUCCCGUGACAUAAAUGGAUAGUUUCACGAGAGAAUGACUUCCCAGAAAUUCAGUUAGAAGCAUCAUAUAUUUUGUUUGUGUGUAGAUUUCUGACUAUAUGACAUUAUUUCAACUCUAAAAAAUGUAGACGCUAAUGUUUCACGUUGUGUAUGUAAAUAAUGCUUGUCAUUUGUCAAAUUAAAUUUCAGUAUUUUUACUGAAAAUUGUACAAAUAAAAUCCUGACGUUUUUCAAUGCA